AUGACAACUGUGAUCGAAACCUGCCGUAUUCCGCCGCCACAAGGCGCCGCCGCCGAGCUGUUCCUGCCGCUCUCCUUCUUCGACAUGAUGUGGUUGCAUUUCAAUACGACCCGCCGCCUCAUCUUCUACAACCACCCAUGUUCAGAGGCUGAAUUCUUCAACACAAUUGUUCCGAACCUCAAACACUCUCUCUCUUUAACUCUCAAACACUAUCUCCUUGUCGCCUCAAAUCUCCUCUACCCUCUCGACACCGACGCCUCGAAGCCCGUUUUCCGUUACAUCUCAGGCGACUCCGUCUCGCUCUCGAUAGCCGCUUCCGCCCUCGAUUUCGAAGAGCUCGUCGCGAAUCACGCUAGAGAAUCGGAUCAGUUCUAUGACCUCCUUCCGCGGAUGCUGAAAAUGGCCGAGGAAGAAAAUUACCAAAUUGUCCCUCUGAUCUCUCUGCAGGUAACUCUCUUUCCCGCCCGGGGAAUCUGCGUUGGUUUGAGCAAUCACCAUAGCCUUAGCGACGGGAGAUCAAUCUUAGGAUUCAUGAAGGCGUGGGCUAUGAUCAACAAAUCCGGCGAUGAUGUGGUGUUUGUUUCUAGAAACGGCGAUUCUCUGCCGGUUUUUGAGAGACCAAUUUGCAAAGAUUCUAGUAGAAUUGAUGGAAUAUAUUGGAAGGCAAUUAAGCAGCGUCCUUUCAAGCCGGCGUCGACGCAUCCAUUGCCGACCAAUAGAGUGAGAGCUUCGUUCAUCCUCCGCCAAUCCCACAUCAAAACGCUUAAGAAUCUGAUCUCCUCGGUGAGGCCAAACAUAGACCGAGUCUCCACUUUUGUGGUUGCUGCAGCGUAUGUUUGGACCACCUUGGCCAAAUCCUUGGGUCCCGCUGAAGAUGAAGAAGAGGUUUUAAUCAUUGGGGCCGACGCAAGGGGCCGGCAGAACGCACUAUUCAAUCCACCAGUGCCUGAGAAUUACUUUGGCAAUUGCUUAGGUGGCGGGGUGGCGAGAGCCGAGCAUCGGAAGUUGGUGGCGGAGGAUGGUUUUUUUGCGGCGGCAGAGGCUAUUGUUGAUGAGAUGAAGGCAAAAAUCUACGACGAGGAUGAGUUUCUCAAAAGCCCGGAAAAUCUGUUGACGGAGAUGCCCAAGUAUAGAAACAUGAGGGCUUUGUCGAUGACUGGUUCCCCGAAGCUGGAUUUCACCGAGGCGGAUUUCGGAUGGGGGGAGGCGGCGAAGGUGGAGGUUCUGUCGUUGGACGGGGGAUAUUCGAUGUCGUUGUCUAACUCCGGUGACGGAGAUUUGGUUGUCGGUAUGUCGUUGACCAAGGAUGAGAUGGAGGUUUUUGCUUCUAUGUUUGCAACUGGUCUAUGCAUGUGAGAUGAUUGUAUUACUAAUAAAAUAUAAAUAUAUCAUCAAAUAAAAUUCUAAAAUAUAAUCUAUUUGUCAUGUUAAGAAGAUAAGUAAAUUUUUUAGUCCACGCCAAAUUUUGUGAUUUGUUGGUUAAUUUGUAUGAUUGGAGUACUGAUUAAAAUCAUAAAAUGUGAGUGUAAGUUUAUAUAAA